CAGCGACAACAGGUCCUUGCAGCUUUCUACUCGAUGUCGCUUGAGUUGCUCGCACAUCUCGCUUGAAACGCCGGCUCGCUUCAGUUUUAUCGUCGCCAUGUUGGCGUCUUUUUUUACCGGUUUCAUUCGUCAACCGUUUCACGACGACAGCGACCGGAAAAGCCGCCGCCGGUCGUGUUCCCCUCGGCUCUUCUUCUCCAUCUUUUCACAACAACAACAACAGGCGUCGCACACUGAUGACGUAGAAGGGAAGAGACGUUCGCAGCAGCACCGGCUAGCACGUGAGGAUAUCAACACACGCGAGCUGCUCCUGAAAUACGGUAAAAUGGGGAAGACUAAACAGAAGAACGUCUUUCAAGUGUCAAUAAAGCACAUGAAGCACAAGAACAAGACCAAAGCCAAGCCUGUCAAGUCGACGCUCAAACACAUCAACGCGGUGAGGAAGGAGACCGUGGAGAACCUCAAUAAAAUCUUCACAGAAGUCCAGAGGGACAUUACGAGUAUUUCCAAGUCUGUCGCUCCCAAACCAAAGAAACUUCCAAAGGUCGUCAGAGAGCCGCCGAAGGAACCUGCAAACGUUGACGAUGCGGCUCAACUCCUCUCGCAGCUGUUACCAUGAACGCGUCGUCGAGUCUGAGCACACACACACACACACACACACACACACACACACACACCCUGAGCGCUGUUGGUCCGGUACGUCUCCGUGAUGGAGAUAUGAAAUAACGACGUCGACCUACGUUCAUGUCAAACUGAGCAGAAACUGAAUUGAGGUUGCGGUCGUUUCGUAAUAGAAACACCUCGUGUGUUUUUAAGCAUUCUGUAUAUUUAAUGCAAAGACUUGUAAUCAGUUGAAAGACUCUGUGUCAAUUGUGAUGUUUCUGUAACAAAAAUAGAUAUUUGUAUUGUUAUUAAUACAUAUUAUUUUGUGUAGACAUGUUUGCGUUCUCUGGGCUCCAACUAAUGCUUACUUUCCUAAAUGUCCUUGAUUAAUUGAUGACUGCUUUUGUUUUGAAGAUUUCUGAAAAUGCCAAUUAUUAUAAAAAGAAACUAACAGUCCUAAACAAUAGCUUGUUAACUAUCAAAUAUAAUAGAAACCCUUCGGUAAAAACUGCACAUUUUAGCAACUGGAAUCAGAUCAUAUUUGGCAUCCUUUGCUUGGAAAAAGGCUGAAAUUAUUUAUCCAUUAACACAAAAGCUGCUAAUAAAUGUCCUGUGGAUUGAU